AGCAAGCUGGCAGGAGCCUAUACUGAGUCCGAGACACGGAAAGCCACAAUCAAGCUACUGAGGACUAUAGUGGUUCUGACACAGACUCUAAAGCCUUUACCAGAUGAUGUCAUGAUGACAAUGAAACUCUACUAUUACGAUGAUGUGACACCGGGUACGUACGAGCCUCCUGGGUUCCAAGCUACGGCGGCCGAAGAUUUCGUGUUCAAAGAGGCACCGAUGAACAUCAGAGUCGGUGACGUUGAUACGCCCUUUCAUUCUGUCAAGCUGAGAAUAAAGACAGAUUGCCAGCAGUUUGCUGUAUGUGAGGACGAGGAGGUGGCUUCGCAGAUAGAGGAGAUUGAGGGAGAGCAGAGGGGGAAAGAUGGCGCUACGGCAGACAGCCACAUUUCUAGUCAGAAAAAGGAGAAAAGGGCAAUCACCCAACCAUCUGUACCUCACAAAACCGCUGUAGGUGAGUGUAAAGGGGAUGCUGCCUUACCGACUACAGAAUCUUCAGCCACCGUGCCCCACGCACAGACAGACAACAACGAAAAAAUGGAUACAAGUGAGGGUCAGACCAUUAUUCGUGCUAACGGCAGGCGCACAGUUGGGAGGAAGGAGGAGAGAGAG